UUCAGCAGCCUCAGACAAAAAAUACGCUCUAACAUUAGUUUAUUUACCCAACAAAACCCGGACACAGUAUAGCCUGAAAACCUUACUGUCUGGGUCAACAACAUGGUGGACCAGGUGCAUACUGCAUAUGUAGCGGGUUGAAAUAGCGCACAUGUGCCUUUAAGGCUGUUCAUUAGUAAAUCAGUGGAUACAGCUGGUUGGUUUCUUUAUAAUUUGACUUGCACCAUGGGUCAGGUAUGCAGUAGAGGUGAGGCUGAAUUUGUCGUUUGAAUGGCUAGCCACGGCCUUAUUGUGUGAAUGUCUUGCCUGUCUGAUUUAGUUUCUAUUUGUGUUCAUUGUGGUAACGGGAAAGUCAGCCAGAUCUAGGCUAUAAGGGUCAGCCUGUGUCAUCCGGGCAUACUGGUGUGAUUACUGUUGUUGUCUGUACUUUUCGUUGUCUGUUGUGGUUGUGGUUUGUGUUGCAGGAGUAGGGGGUGCUGCAGGGGAGGCUGGUCACCUGGUGUUGGUGGGAGUCUUUAGUUUGUAGUGCAUGUGUGGCUUCACUGUGUGUGUUUCCAGUACUGUUCACCUGUGUGGGUUGCGGUGGUUGCGGUCUCCUAUAUCCACGUGUGAUUCUGACAUCCCUCUCUUCAGGAUAGCCUGCCUCCCUAUGAAACAUGUUCCCUGGUUAUGAUACUAGGGUGGCGUAGUCAGCUACUUCUUGCCAGUUCUUGGUAACGCCACACAUAGACAAUGCAGGAUACAGUUGGCGGAUGGCAUCAAAUGCAAGGGGAUUAAGGGAGCAGAAGCAGCCAUUGAAAACACAUUCCCACUGUUGCAUAGUACAGAGCUAUAACACACAUACACACCCCCCCCCCCCCCGCCCCCGAGUACUCCACCCCAGUUAUCUCUCUGGUAAUUGCUGGCUCUCUUCCUCCUGGCACUUUUCUUUCUUGUCCCGCCCCUUGCCCCACUGAACCCACCCCCACUACCAACACACAGUGCACAGUGGAGUGGAGAUUUAUUUUCCUGCUGAUAUGCACCUGGCAUGACUAGAGAGAGUCACUAUCCACGAGAGUUUGGCCAUCUGUCCUCGUUAGCCUCCUCUCACCCAUGACCUUCGACCUCGUUGGGCCCCUUCCAACCUGCUGCACUGUUGCCGUGCCACCAUGGACUAUGACGAGGUCACCUCCUUUCUUGGAGAAUGGGGAGCAUUCCAGAAAGCCAUGUUCCUACUGCUAAGUCUGAGCACGGUGCCCAACGGCUAUGCCGGCAUGGCAAUGGUCUUCCUGGCCGACACACCGGACCAUCACUGCCAGCUGCCACACCUCGACACCAGCUGGCAACAGCACAAUCUGAGUUUGAGUCCGUCACUGCCCCUGGAGGAGCGGGCAGGGGGACAAUGGGCUCUCAGCAGGUGCCAGCGAUACAGGCGGGCAAACAGCACGGGGACAGGGUUCAGCAAUAGCACGGAGGGCUGUCUGGACGGAUGGCACUUUGACAGAAAGCAGUAUCAGUCCACCAUCGUGACUGAGUGGAGCCUUGUGUGUGGGGAUUCCUGGAAGGUUCCAUUCAGCCUGUCUGUGUUUUUCAUGGGUGUUCUGAGCGGCUCCUUUGUGUCUGGUCAGAUCUCCGACAGAUUUGGACGAAAGGUGACCCUGUUCAUUACCAUGGCGGUGCAGACAGUCUUCAGUCUCGUGCAGGUGUUCUCUGUCAGCUGGGUGAUGUUCUGCAUCCUCUUCUACCUCGUUGGUCUUGGCCAGAUCUCCAACUACGUCGCUGCCUUCGUCUUAGGCUCAGAGUUGCUGGGGAAGUCAUCACGGGUGACCUUCUCCACUCUGGGGGUGUGUGUGUUUUAUGCAUUGGGGUACGCUGUGCUCCCACUCUGUGCAUACUUCAUCAGAAGCUGGAGAGUGCUACUGGCUGUUCUCUCAUUACCUGGGCUGCUGUACAUCCCCCUCUGGUGGCUGAUUCCUGAGUCCCCGCGUUGGUUGCUGGCUCAAGGUCGCAUUGAAGAGGCAGAGGCCAUUGUCCGAGCUGCAGCCAGGAAGAAUAGAGUGACCGCACCAGCACUCAUAUUCAAAGAUCAUGAGCUGCAAGGGACUAAUGACCAUUCACAUGAUGUACAAUACACAUACAUGGACCUGGUCAGAACCUCCAAGAUGAGGAAUGUAACAUUCCUGCAUGCUGUCGUUUGGUUCAUCAUCACCAUCAGCUACUUUGGCCUGUCCUUGAAUACCCCGAACAUGAAUGGAGACCCCUACCUUAACUGCUUCCUGUCCGCACUGGUGGAGAUUGUGGCCUACGUCGUAGCAUGGCUCCUCCUUAAGCUGGUGCCCCGGAGAGCCGUCGUCACAGUCCCGAUGCUCAUGGGAGGCCUGGUGCUGUGUCUUAUCCACUUUGUGCCUCAGGGUGUCUAUGACAAAACGCUUCCAUACAUUGUAAUGGGACUGAUGACACUGGUGGCAGGUCUGUUGAGCAUCCUCUUACCUGAGACAGGAGGAAUGCCCCUCCCACAGCAAGUAUCAGAAGUGCAGACUUUAAACUGGUUUUGUACAAAAUGUAAACCACCUGCUGAAAAGAAACUCCCUGAAGAAGAUGGACAUCUUUGAUGGAGAUACACUCUGUAUCUAUAAAUGUGACUAGAUGGAGCCUAUCUAGCAAGAUCAGAUCAUCGAACUGUCAAACUCCAGAGCAAUUCGAUAUAGGAACUGAAAAUGGCAGUUGCAACAGAGUUAUGUCUUAUGGGAGAACAUUGCGUGUUGUAAACUAUUUUCUUGCAUAGCCUACCAGACACCUCAAGAGCUAGAGGUUAUAAAUAUAUUUCUUAGUUUUCAGGUGAGUUCAGCUAUAGAUUUGUAUGGUAACACGUUAUAAACAGACAUGAUAUCCAUGUUUACAAUUUUUUUUUUCAUGUGCUGUUUAUGUUCAAGUAAUUUUCUUUCAGCAUUUUUCUGGAAUCUAAAUGCAACUGUUGUCCUGGCCUUCUGUGAAAUUCUUAAAUCAUUCAUGACAUGA